GUUUUCUAGGGCCGUUUUGAAAGUGUUGUUACUAAUCCCGUCUGCUGUUUCCUAGCUUCAGUUAGGUUCCCCAAUAACUUGUAGAUGGUUGCUGCACUGUGAUUGAAUCUAAUUCAAAUAAAUUAUGAUGCGUCUUAACGAUGAAUAUGUUAGACUCUGUCGCGGAAUUUAAAAUGAUGUUCCAGCUACAACUACUCUAAGGAAAUAGCUUUAACAGGAUGAGUGCAUGUUUAUUUUCUCAGCACUUUUGGGGAGAAAAACAUUCAGGGUUUGAUGCUAUGUAUCAAAAUUUCAAAUUAUGUUAUCGCACUUCGUCUGAAUUUGCCGAAUUUCUCCGUGAAAGUUAUACAGCAGAAGACAAUUAUUACAAAACACUAGUUAAACUAUCUAAACAAGCAGGAUCAUACAACAACACUAGUAGUUUCAAACCAUGUUGGUCUCUCCUCAAGCAGUUUAUUGACCAAAUCUCCCAGGUCCACUUAACUAUUGCACAAGAACGACAGAAUCUAUCAAGAGAUGUACAAAAGUAUCUGGAGGAGCAACACAAGAGACAAAAGCUGAUCAAAGAUACAGAAGCUUCAACGCAGGAAGUUGUACAUGCUUUUCAGGUAACUUCCGUUCAACUUCAGAAGGCGAAGGAGGCAUAUCAUUCACGUUAUAAUGAAUAUGAGCGUGCUAUGCGCUUGGAGUCUGGUUCUAAUCGAGAUCAAGAAAAACUGGAGGUCAAGCUUAAGAAAGCUCAGGAUGAGUACAAAUAUUCGGUUGAAAAGUAUAAUAACCUACGCAACCAGUUCGUAAGCAAAAUGCACAUCUCUUGUGCCCAGUUUGAGGAAAUCGAAGUUGCGCAUCUGGAACAGAUGAAAGAAUUUCUACAUCGGUAUGCAUCUGUCUGGUCCAUCACGGGUGAUGCUUUGGGCAAAUUACACAGUCAGUUUGAUCGUGAUUUAACUGAGUUGACUACAGACAGAUUAUUGAAUAUUCUUGUAACCGAAAGAGGCACUGGGACUUUGGAACCACAAGGUGUGCAGUUUGAAGAUGCAGAGGUUGCUGCCGCGUUUUCAUCAAAUGUAACUGAACGUGCCAACGGAAUAACAACCAAUGGUGUUCGUGUUCUAGAGGCAUUUUUCGCUCGCGAAGCUAGAGCUGCCUCUGCACUUGCAAUUGUAGGUUCUGGUACCAAAGAUAAUGGUGAAUCAAGUCUCAACAGCUUAACAGAUGUUAGAUCAGAUGCAAUCUCUGUGACUAGCAUUUCCGUAGGUGUUGUGCCGUCGGUAACAAAUGUAUCAAUUUCUGGCAGUGGAACUGCAAGACGCCGAGAAGGAUUUUUUCGUCGACGCCGUAAUUCCUUGUCACAGGAUCCCGCUCCUGCUGUCGGUGACAAUGAUGCAUCAGGAUCGUCCACCUCAGUCGGUGCGGCCAUUGGGACAAACACCAAUAUUCAUGCUAGUGGUAGUAUUAGUCUCAGUGCUUUCACCGUCGUUGCCAAACGUGGGAUUCGCCGACUAGGCACUCCUUAUUCGAAUGGUAAAGAUAAACCAAUAAAGCAAAUGGACAAGUCAGAUACCAUUACUUCAAAAAGUGAUGAUUGGCGGACUACUACACCCGUAGAAUUACCGAAAGACGAAGACGGUUAUAACAUUAGACCACCUGAUCCAUGGGGUGAAAACUCUUCAAAUUUCAAUCAUUCUGAGGCUGAUGACUCAGGUUCCGAAGAAGACCUAGAAAACAAAGCGAACAAAACAUUUCAUGGCCUAAAAGUUAAUAUCCGUCCAGUUGGAGAGUUUGCUCCAGGAGUAGCGCUUAAAUAUAAUGGGGAUAAAUUGGAAUCUCGUCCAAAGCCUUUAGAAACAAUAAGAAGUCCUAAAAGCACUGGGAAUUCACAAGUCCCUUUACUUAUUGAUCAUCGUAUCGGAUCAACACUUCGAUCACCACGUUCAAGCAUAUCUUCAUAUCAAAAUAUUCCUAUCACUGCAGGAUCGGAUGGCGUAUCAAAUCAUGAUUUGAUUAAUGCGUUACCUCUCCCACCAUUGUUACCGCCACCUCCUCAACCGCCAUCGUCAUCAUUGUCAUCAUCUACCACUGAAUCUUUUGCUGCUAUCGGUGCUGGUGGUUCAAUGCGUGCUCGGAAUGUCGGUUUGUCAUCGUUUAAUACACUCAGUAAGGGUCAUUCAAUAUCAGCGAUACGUCCACGUGGAUACAGUUGCAAUACAUGGACUAAAAAAGGAAAUUCAAGUCAAGUAAAUUCUGCAAGAUCAUUGGAAUCAAAAGAUGAAACUAACAGUGCAACUUUCAAUUUGUCGUCUUUUGAUACCCUAUUCACAGUACAAGAAACCAAUACAAAAGAUAUUCCUUCAAAUAAUAGUAAAGAUUCUGUUCAGAAGGACUACUCUUCAGAUUUGAAAUUUGGUUUUAAAGAUUCUGUUAGUUGUAAUAGUUUAGUAGAUACUUUACAAAGAAGUUCAUCAUCUGUAAUGGGUGUUAAUCUAUCACCUGUAAAGAACGAUGAUGGUGGUGGUAGCUUAGUUCGACGAUGUUCUAGUACAGCACCUACUUCAACAGAUAAUGAAUCAUUUGAUCAGUCUAAUUGGAUGGCGUUUGAAACAAAUUCAACUGAAACAAGCAAAUCCUUCAGUACUUGUGUACCUUGGCCAUCUUUUAACGCUAAUAUACAUGGUACUGUAGUUGGUAAAGAAGCUCGACCUAUUCCUGAACCUCCAACACGCCUUCAUAAUCAUCCGAAUAAUAGUUCUACUAUUGAACCAAGUAUUACACCUUCUCCUUCUACCCAUUCAGUUAAUUUGCCAAAUAAUUCAAUUUGCUUAGCUGCUGCAUUUACAGAGACUUGGCAUGCCCGGUUUUUUAAUGGUGGUGGCAGCUCUUUUUCAACCGCAGCCUCUACUGGUCAACCUCCUAUUCAAGCAAUCUAUGGUAGUUUAACACUUGCAUUUCCACGUGCGGAUAUGGAACAAAGACUAUUCAAUAAAUCACUUAUUCCCCCUCUUGUGUUUAGAAUUACAAAUGCCGAAAGAUUAAAAGAUCUACAACCUAAACUUUCUGGCUCAUCAAUCAGUUUAUUUUCUGAAAGUACAACUCCUACUACUGAUACACCUCAACCAAUUUUACUCGAAGAUUUGACAGAUAACAAUGCAACACAAAUAAUCAAUAGUGGUAAUAAUAUUAGUUCAGAUUAUAUGCUUACUAUUCCUGGUGAUGUUCUUUCACGUUAUCUUGCUCCAUUGAUAAUUGCUUAUUCAGAUGAAAACUCAUUUUCUUGUAGUGAUACAUCUGAUAAAUUAAAUUCUUCUUUUACAUCUUCUAAUGCACCUACAUAUGUUAAAUUAGAUGUAUUAACUUAUACAGUUGAUGCAAAUGCCGAUGUUAAAGGUUACUAUUCUAGUCUUACACCUCCAAUACAUUUAUGUACUUACUGGCGUUGUGAAGCAUUAACCACAGAUUUUCGUUUGGAUUAUACAGCACAAUGGCCUACACCAACUGCUGCUAAGGAAUCUGUGAAAAAUACUGGAGAUUUGCGAAUAAAUCUCAUGAUUGAUGGAACUGUUAGUCAUAUGCAAAGUCUUCCAGUUGGUACGUGGCUCCCGGAAGUUAAUCAUGCUACAUGGCGUAUCCCACUUCACAAUGCUAAUAUUGAUCGUGACUUAUCAAGGGAUAAUACUAGUAAUAAUGCACAUCGAUCCGAAUUCACUUCGAAAUUUGAUGCAACUGGUACUGUUCGAGCGAAAUUCACAUUAACAAAUGGUCCAGGAAAGCCACAACCUGUUAGUUUACAAUUCUAUCGUGAAGGCUCCUUAGCUAGUGGUGUACAAUUAUUUGUUAUUUCAUCUGAUUAUCAUAUGAAUUUAUGUAAAUAUCGUUUGAUUGGUGAUCGGUAUAUAUGUGAUCCACCAACAAAUGUGAAUCGUUUUCACUCAAAUUCAACGAUUCAAUUAGAACAAAGUAACAAUAAUAUAAAAGAAAAAAUUGGUUCUCUAGUUGUUACUGAAAACAAGAGUGUUAAAAAUAAGAAUGAUAGUAUAAAUGAGCAUAAAAUAAAUUCAACUAAUUUAUCUGCAAUAUCUGAUACGAUUAAAUUUAGUCAUUUACAGUAAAAGUGAUUUUUGAUUUUUUGUGCCUUCAAUGCGAUUAAACAAAUCAUCUAGGUUUAGUAUUAUUGUUAUUUUUUGAAUCCAUCAAUUAAAUAUGCAUAAUUUCCUUUGAAAAUUAGUUAUAAUUUGAUUCAAUGAACUCUUGUGCCAACUGAUUCUCUUGUUAUUAUUGUCACAUUAACUAACUGCUAUUGCAAAUACACCACAUAUAUCAUUUUACACCUGAUUAACUAGUUAUAUAUAUAUAUAUAUAUAUAUAUAUAUAUAUAUAUAUAUAUAUAUAUAUAAAUUCUUCCUUCUCUUUCUGUUUGCAUUCAUUUACUUAUUCUAAGUGAUUAUAAUUAUUUUGAGAAUAUUUAAAGCAAAUAUGUAAAUUUCGGUAAUUACUCGUCGAGUUUUACAAUUACAAAAUAAAAAUAUUUGAUUUCGAUUGUACUGAAUCGAAUUCUGUGUGAAACAUGUACUUCUGUUUUAUUCUCAUUAUUCUCAGCUGUGUUUUACACACACACAUAUAUAUACUUGUUCAUAUUAUUAAUAAUUCAUUCAUUCUAUUAUUCUUUUACAAAAGUUUUACCAAACUAGAUUUGAAUAAAACUUACAUGACUUUCUUAUAUUGGCUAUCUGUUAGGUAGUCGGAAAAAUAGACCAAUAAUUAUGAUGUUAAGUCCAAUGGUGUCCUUGGACUUUAAAUGGACAUUUCCUAUUGGUCGAUAUCUGUUCACUCGUUGAAUAUUGUACAAAAUGUUGUUUUCUAUUUUAUGGUACGAUGUGGUAUGCUUGAUUGGUAUAUAAACAAAGUAUGUUUGAAAUAUAAUGAUUCAUAACUCCGAGGCUGUGACUUGUGUUCUUGACUCAACUGGCUGGGACAGACAGCGAAGCAGGGCCAAUCAGGGCACUAGGUCGUCCUUACGUGUUUUCCGUGUCACUGUCUCAGAAGCGAUCGAUAAAUACGCUGCGUAUCGAAAACCUGCAGUCACACCCGUUACAACACUAUCACCACACUGUAUCGAAUACUUUGAUGAAUAAAUAUUUUUAUUUUUGUAAAUUGUUUAAUGAGAAAUCACUGAGAUUUAUAUAUCUGCUCAAAUGAUUUUGUCAAUUUAUAAUGAUG